AAGUGCCAUUCUUACAAAAAACACUGUGCUGCUUGCUCAUUGCUCCAGUACCAACUUACUAGUUAGUUACAACGUGCUUGUUGUGCUGCCGUUUGCCAUGAUCAUGCCUGAAAACAGAUGGAUCGUGAGAAAAGGGACUCAAACACUGUAUCUGCUUUUGAUCUCAGGAUUUUGCUUCUUUACUCUGGGAUCUUCCGAUUUUCACCUAAUUACCACGACCAAGUCCUACACUGAAGCAAAGACCUAUUGCAGAGAGAUGUACACUGAUUUAGCAGCAGUUCACAAUUCAACUGAUAUGGAUCAUUUAAUCACUUUAGUUCCAAUUACCAUUGCCAGAGCCUGGAUAGGCCUGGAGACUGGAGAUGUAUGGAUGUGGCAUUGGUCCUGGCCGGAUCAGAAACUGGAUUUUUUUAACUGGAAGGUAGAACCACAAAUGAAGAAUAAAGAUGCGUGUGCAACAAUGGAUCUACGAGGAGAGUGGAUUGAAAGUGACUGUGGGACCCAAAGAAGUUUUGUUUGUCGAGGCAACAGCGAUACCAGUGGUCUAAUUUUUGUUGCUGAGAUCAAAUCGUGGAGGGAUGCUCAGAAUCAUUGCAGGGGCUUGUUAUCAGAGCUCAUUAGCAUACACUCAGCAGUAGAGAAUGAGGCAGUACGUAAUGUGUCCGGAUCACAAAUUGUGUGGAUUGGCCUCUUCAAAGAUCCCUGGAAGUGGUCUGACGGGAGCAAGACCUCAUUCCGUUACUGGAAACCUAGUCAGCCUGAUAACCUUAAUGAGCAGAAUUGUGCUGCUGCUAUAUUCAAAGAUAACGGGCAAUGGAAUGACCUGAAAUGCAGCGGCAAGCGCUCUUUUGUUUGUCGUGGAGCGAGGAAAUCAAUUCCAACAACCACAUAUCAAACAAGUACACAGCAGACGACCACAAAUCUGGCAACCCUUCAAAGUACAUCAACUCAAUAUGUGAUAACAAAUCAUUUUACUUUGGCUACUACCAAUCAAUCACCCACUACAACUAUUACCACCGAAGAAGCUACAACUUCCAAUGAACUGACGACACCAAAUGCCACAGAUUUUGUGUCAAGUACACCAAAUACUGAGCUCAACAACACCACUACAGAAAUGUCAACUGUCACACCUACACGGCAACCUCCCCAAACUACUGCACAAGUGACCACUGGUAGUACCUCUACACUAACAACACUGAUGGGGACUUCAGCCCAGACCACUACACCGUCCUCAACUCCAAAGCCCACUGAAAAUAGUCAAAGCUUUUCUACAGAAAACCUGAUACUAAUCCAAGAAAAUAUGACAUGGAUUGAAGCGAUGGGUUACUGCAGGGAGCACCAUCUUGACCUUGUCCACAUUACCACCGAAGACAUUCAGGGGAAGGUGGCUGAAACAGCAAGGAACGCCACAUCACCUCAUGUUUGGCUGGGUCUACGGUACACGUGUAAAUUGAACUUUUGGUUCUGGACAAAGUCAACUUCUGGCUGUUACCACAAUUGGGCCCCGGGACAAGGAUCUGAAAGGAAAUAUGACUGUGGUGUCACAGGGGCCAUUGAGGCCACUGGGAGGCAGCAGUGGGUUGGCUUGCCUGAGACAGAACAACUAAAUUUCAUCUGCUACACAUGCACUGGAUGAGUGUGCUAGGCCAGAGUCACACGGAUGACUAUGUUUUUGUUGCAGCUUUUGUAAUGCUGUAAAUUCUAAAAUGUUUUAUUUAUUUAUUUCAGUUAUUGAUUCAUCAUUAAAUAUAAAAUAUUUGACGAUGGUAACAUCAAGGUAGUGGAUUUUGGUGAACUUCAAUAAAGAUAUAGUUAUUUUAACGCUGA